CUGUUUUGUUUCAUUUGUUGAUGUUUUAUUCUGGUGUUUGUGGGUCGUGAAAAUGUCGUUCGGAAGAUCGAAUAAUUUUCCUGAUUAUGGUGCAACAAACUCGAUGCUCGGAGGUCGAAGUAAUCCCGGACCCCAGCCGAACUCCAAUUUUGACAUUGCAACAUACCAUCAAUUGUGUGAUAACAUAAGCUGUAAUAUAUUUUCCAUAAACAACAAUGUCACUGCCCUUGAAAAAGCAUCAAAAGAAAUCGGUACUCAAUCUGAUAGUCCAUUACUUAGGAAUAAAAUACACUCCACCCAGCAAAAUACAAAAAACUUGGUGAGCAAUACCACAAAAUUUUUGAAAGAGCUAACAGUUAUUGUUACGAAAGGAGGAAGGGAGCAUAGGCUACAGUCCGAGAGAGUCAGAAAUGAAUUCCAUGCAACAGUGCAGAGAUAUGAUACUCUGCAAAAGCAAUUAGGACCGAAAAUGAAGCGAGCAGAGCUGCCAUUGCCAUCUUCUAGCAAAAAUAUUUGGGCUUUAGAAGAAGAGGAAGAGCAGCAAUCAUUGCUUGAUGCUGACCGUGUUCAGCAGCAGCAAAAGAUGGAAGAAGAGUUAGAGUUUGAGAAGAUUAUGUAA